AUGCGUGGAUUUGAAAUGCAGGUUGCUAGGAACAGAGGGUUUAAUUCAGAUCAUACUCCUAUGGAGUUGCAUCCUCUAUCAGGUGGCAUGCUCCUAUGCGACCUGCAUUUCAAAUAAUGCCAACGUGUCGGCGGCUAUUAGUUUCGAAUACCUUACUUAAUCCUACCUGAACUCUGUCUUCUGUCUUUAGACGUACCAAAACUUGGUAAAUAAAGAGGGUAAGAGCACAUGACACACAUUUUUCCACCAAAAAUGUACAAUCCCACUUAAAAAAGUACAAUUUCGACACCAUUUAUAGUACAAAAAUUUUUGCCCAUGUAACAACACUGACCAUUUCAUCUAUGCAUUUCAUAUUUGAUAUUUUGCAAUACAAAAAUUUCUUAUUAAGAUAGAAAAGAUAUAUUUUUUUGAGUUGAUUUAUUAAACAAAUUAUGCCGGUUGCUCAGUUAGCCAGUAGUGGAGUGUCUAAUGAUGGAAAUAAAACUUUUGUAUUUCAAGGAGAGGGACAUACUUUGGGUAAUGCUCUGAGAUGUAUUAUAUCAAAUUAUUCAGAUGUACAAUUUUGUGGUUAUUCCGUGCCGCAUCCUGCCGAAAACAAGAUGCACGUCCGCAUACAAAUGUAUAACGGAAAAGCCAUUGAUGCUUUAAAAAGAGGCCUCGAAGAUCUUGUCAAAGUUUGUGAUAUAACACUAGAGAAGUUUGAUGAAGAAUUUAAUACUUUUAAAUCCAAGAGAGAAUCGUGACGGAGUUGGUAUAUUAUUAUAUUAUAUUUAGAUUUAUUUCCCAUCCAAUCAUGUAAAUAAAUUGUUUUAAUCAUG